AUGACUUCUAUCACUCCACUAACAAAUGAAGAAUUCACUACUAUAUCUAACUUAUGCAUCCCUCUGAAUAUCAUUUCUCUCAUUUCUUCAGCUGCUUCAUGUAUAACAUUUGGCUUGAUACGAAUAUACUAUCCUAAACUCGCAGAUAGGGUUUCAUUUCGUUUAAGUUUUGCGGCCUUAUUUUGUGGUAUAGGCUAUUCUGGUCAUCUUUUAAUUAUUCUUAUUUGGAAUAAUAUUUCCGGAAUUAUUUGUGGAUAUAUGGCUUGGGCAUUGGUAUUUUUCCCUCUUUCUUCUAUGUUUUUCAUCGUUUGUAUAGCUUUGAACCUUCAUAUAAGAUUUAUAAACGAAUAUAGCAAUAGAUAUAAUUUUGAAAAAUAUUAUUUUAUAACUGCAUUUUCUUUUGCACUUUUACUUUCUCUUCUUCCUAUUACCGCUAAUAUAUAUGGUUAUGACAGUCCUGAAAGUUCAUCCCAAUUAAUUUCACUUUAUCUUAUAUCACCGAUUGAAUCUUUUGAUGCCAAUGAGCCUUCCUUGGUUGGAAAAGGUGAUUCCAAGCAGGAUAUAACCAUUAACAAUCAAAAUGAUGAUAAAGAUAUUCAUUUAGUUUAUCCUGAAUCUGUUUAUUUAAAAAAUCAUUCUCAAUAUUCAUCAUCUUCAUCUGAUCCUUUAAUAUGUAUAUCAAACCGUGAUGCUAGUGAUAAUGAAUCAUCAAAAAGAAUAUCAGAAGAACUUCCCAAAAUAUUUAGUUCAGACUUCGAUUUAUCCCAGGAAUUUAAACUGAUAUUAAAAAGACUAUAA